AUUUCGUCAACGAUUCACCAUGGCUCGUACCAAGCAGACCGCUCGUAAAUCUACUGGAGGCAAGGCUCCACGCAAGCAGCUUGCCACCAAGGCUGCUCGCAAGUCUGCCCCCGCCACUGGAGGCGUCAAGAAACCCCACAGAUACAGGCCCGGGACCGUGGCUCUGCGUGAAAUUAGGCGCUACCAGAAGAGCACUGAGCUGCUCAUCCGCAAGUUGCCUUUCCAGAGGCUCGUCCGUGAAAUCGCCCAAGAUUUCAAGACUGACUUGCGUUUCCAAUCUUCGGCCGUGAUGGCUCUUCAAGAGGCUUCUGAGGCUUACCUCGUGGGUCUUUUCGAAGAUACAAACCUGUGUGCCAUCCACGCCAAGCGUGUCACUAUCAUGCCCAAGGAUAUCCAGCUUGCUCGCCGCAUCCGUGGAGAACGUGCCUAAGUCAAAGUACGAAUUGGCAGAGAAAGAGCUUAACCAGACGCUCUAGAGGAA